GAUUCAUCAGAUUGGUGCGACGGAGUAAGGAAGGUCAAAAAUGGAGAAGGCCAGAGAGUAUUUGGAAGUGAGCAAAGAAGAAUCGGAAAGCGUGUCACGACUCACCAUCCACCCGCACCGAGUCGGACUCGAUUGUAGCUUCUACGAACGUUUUACUUUGAGAGGCAUCCAAGUCGACCGAGUCGAGCCCGGGUUCGUCUCCUGUACUUUCAAGAUCCCUCCUCGCUUCACCGAUAAGAAUGGCAGUUUGGCUAAUGGUGCGAUUGCGAACCUUGUUGAUGAACUUGGUGGAGCUGUGGUCCAGGUGGAUGGUCUUCCCAUGAAUGUUUCGGUUGACAUGUCAAUCUCGUUUCUUUCUACUGCUAAAGUGAAUGAGGAGUUAGAGAUUACUGCAAGGGUAUUAGGGCAAAGAGGAGGUUAUUCUGGAACGAUCGUUCUUGUGAAAAACAAAGCAACGGGGGAGCCAAUAGCUGAAGGACGACAUUCAUUGUUUGGUAGGCGUCCUAGCAAGAUGUGAUUUAAUUGUAUGAAUGCAAACCAUUAGUAUCUAUCAAGGCAAGACUCUGGUGUUUGUUGUAAAUGAGAGUACUGGUAUUGUCCUUGUAACUAUGAAUCUAUGAUAGAAGGAAGAUUUUUCUUGAAA